UGUAAGAGGGUUUUCGCCCAGGGCACCAAAUGGGCUAGGACCGCCCCUGCGUCUGGGGAAGUUAUCACAAUCUACAGUAUGUGUGUUUUAUUAGUCCCAUUCUGAACACACAGGCGUGUUUAAUUCUGCUCCAGCAGGUGGCGCAAGCGCACCUUUACGCUGGUCACCGACCACCAGAAGAAGCAGAAACCGGAAGCUGCUAGCAGAGCUAGCUUGUUGUUCUGGUGUGUGAGGAGAAAAUUUGAGGCUCUGCAGUAAAAAUGUCUUCACUUCAGUCUCUGGGAGAGUUGAUCAGCUAAAGCAACUAACUGCUGCUGCUGCAGAAAUCUUCUCACCAGGCUGUGGAAACUUUCUUCUCCUCCUCAACAACUUGGUGGAGUUCUUUCCAGAACCAGAGAAGAUAUUCUGCGGUCUUCGUGACAAUCGGAGCUCCAGAAUCAGGUUGUGGAUUGAAGAGGUUCCCUCUAUCAGACUCGCUCAUCUGAGUUGGUCAUGAUGCAGGAUCGCUGCUCGCUCUCUGGUCCAUCCUGCUCACACUCUCCGACGGAAAAGCCCCGAAUCUGAAUGUGACUCUGGAGGAAAAAGCGGUUAGCUCUACUCCGUGAACUCUGGUGAGCAAAGGUCCUCUUUUCCAGACUGGAUCUGUCCUCAGCUGAUCAGAACCAAAGCGUUGGAUCUCUAAAGCUGUUAGCUAAACACGGCUAAAGAAAACCUGCUACCACUUCAGGAUCAUCCAUCAGCUGGGACUGAUUCAUCGUGUGUUCUUCACCACCUGGACCUGGACAGCAUGGACACAGUAACUAUAAAAAGUGAGGAAGAUGAAGAGAAACCUCUGUUCUCACAGCUUCAUCAGCAGCAAAUAGAAGACAGAGAUGUUCAAAACAGCACCUCGGCUGACCAGAUGAAAGCAGAAACUGGUGGAGAAACUAGCAGGAUCCCAGAUCUGAACCCUUAUGAUCAGACGUCGUAUUCUUCAGAGACUGAAGUUAGUGGAGAUGAUGAAGAGGAUGAUGAUGUGACUCAAGACUCUGAACUGUCAAACUCUGGGUCUGAAACUGGAGACAGAAACAAUGAUUGGAAUGAGAGCAGGUCUUCUGAGUCAGAUGUUAAGGCUGUCAACAAAUCCUUCAGCUGCCAUGAGUGUGGUAAACAAUUUCUCCACAAGUGGUCUCUCCAGAAACAUGUGAGGGUUACAAGUCAUUCAGAAAUGGGGUCUCCAGGCUGUUUGGCCAAUAACAAAAGUGUUACCACGAUGCAACCUCUAGAAUCAUGCGGGAAAGUCCUGAAAAAACAAAAAUCAUUUAGUUGCAACGACUGUGGAAAAAUAUUUAGUGUAAAAUCAAGAUUAAACAGACACAUGAGUGUCCACACAGGAGAGAAGCCUUUUGCCUGUGAGCUCUGUGAUCAAAGAUUUAGUCGUAAGGCACAUUUACACGAUCACACGAGAGUCCACACAGGACAGAAGCCUUUUGCUUGUGAGCUCUGUGAACACAGAUUUAGCUUUAAGGCAACUUUAAACAGACACCUGAGAGUCCACACAGGACAGAAGCCUUUUGUCUGUAAGCUCUGUGGUCAAACAUUUAGCUCCAAGCCAACUUUAAACAGUCACAUGAGAGUCCACACAGGACAGAAACCUUUUGCCUGUGAGAACUGUGGACAAAGAUUUAGUUAUAAGGCAAAUUUAAACACACACAUGAGAGUCCACACAGGACAGAAACCGUUUGCCUGUGAGUUCUGUGGACAAAGAUUUGUCCAUAAGACAACAUUAAAUGGUCACUUGAGAGUCCACACAGGAGAGAAGCCUUUUGUCUGUGAGCUCUGUGGUCAAAGAUUUAGCCAAAGGACAAGUUUAAGCAGACACAUACGUGUCCACACAGGACAGAAGCCUUUUGCCUGUGAGCUCUGUGAUCAAAGAUUUAGUCGUAAGGCACAUUUACACGAUCACACAAGAGUUCACACAGGACAGAAGCCUUUUGCUUGUGAGCACUGUGAAAAAAGAUUUAGCUUUAAGGCAACUUUAAACAGACACCUGAGAGUCCACACAGGACAGAAGCCUUUUGCCUGUAAGCUCUGUGGUCAAACAUUUAGCUCCAAGCCAACUUUAAACAGUCACAUGAGAGUCCACACAGGACAGAAACCUUUUGCCUGUGAGAACUGUGGACAAAGAUUUAGUUAUAAGGCAAAUUUAAAUAGACACAUGAGAGUCCACACAGGGCAGAAGCCUUUUACCUGUGACUUCUGUGGACAAAGAUUUAUCCAAAAGGCAGCAUUAAACUAUCACAUGAGAGUACACACAGGACAGAAGCCUUUUUCUUGUGAGCUCUGUGGACAAAAAUUUCACCAAAAGACAACUUUAAACAGACACAUGAUUGUCCACACAGGACAGAAGGCUUUUGCUUGUGAACUUUGUGGACAAAGAUUUCGCCAAAAGACAGAUUUAAACAGACACAUGCGUGUCCACACAGGGCUCAAUUAACUCAUUUAACUACACAAGUACCAAAAUUAUCAUUGUAGUAUCUAGAUCCUAGAUAGUAUUACAACCCUGGUGUACCCCAAAUCAGGGUCUCUUCCAGCCCAUGAGCCACCUCUUCCUGUCCUGCAAGCCCCACAUUCUGGCCACUAAUGGGCCAUUCCCAUCUGUACCAGGUCGGCCCGGGCCGGGUAGUGUAGGUUGUUUACAUAUCUGGGUGGCCUGGUAUUUUUCCGGGCCAACCAAGGCUCAUUCUCAGCCCUCUUCUCGAAGGGGUCUGCUUCAGGCCGACCAGGGCCAACACACCCACUGCUGACAGCAAAUUCACACCUUCCAUUAGAGCAAGCCUCUGAUUGGUGGGCAGAAUCAGCCCACAUGGGCUUAAGACAAGGAUGUGUGGAAUCAACCGGGCCAGGCUGGGGCCGACUGGGGCUACCCGGCCCGGGCCGACCCGGUAAAGAUGGGAAUGGCCCAUAAAUCUCCGUUUCCAUCAAGAGAUGGCACAGUAUUGUUACACAAUGAUGAGCUGCUGACCUAAGGUUUCACUUUUGGAGCGUUGCAGGAGUAGAGAGUAGCAUGGCAUGUAUACCCUGCUGUUAAAUAGUUUGCGUAGUGUAGAAAUAAUGGUCUUUUACGAGUAUUUUGAACUUUGUGAGUUGCAUAGAUAUAACUGCAGAUCUCUUCAGUUGUUUAUCCAGUAGUUCCAGGAUUGAGCCCUGCUAGUGUAAACACAUGGCAGCCCAACAUUUCCAUUACUUUUCACUUAUUCCUCAAAUUCACACAGUUUUCUGCUGUUUGCAGAAAUGUGUUUUGUGUUUGAACCUAGUAUUUAGAAACGAUGUACUGAUUGUGAGGCAAAAGCAAUGAGGGCUGUCAAUCAAGCAAUAGAAGAGAAUUCUGUUUGUCUCUCUGGAAAAAAAUAAGGAUCAAUUCCUUCUAAAAAAUGGUGUUAGGAGAUUCCACUGUGUCUCUCUAGCAAUGGGCGAUACGGCCUAAAAUCUAUUUCGCAAUAAAUUCUGAAACACAUGCGGUACGAUGUUUACAAUAAAUAUCACAAAUUCUUUUUAUACAAUUCUAAAUGACAGGUACAUUUUAAUAUUCUCACAUACCUCCUUCACUGCACCCCAGGGCAGCUGUGGCUACAUCUCCACCAGCGUGUGAAUGACUGAUUGUGUUGUGAAGCGCCUUGGGGGGUUGUAGAACCCUAAGAAGACACUACAAAUACAGGUUUAAAUAAAGUUAAAGUCCCAUAGUCAUCAUCACACACUGGUGAAAUUCUUCUCCGCAUUUGACCCAUCCCCAUGGAAGGGAGUGGUGAGCUGCAGCAGCGGCUGCCCGCGGAAACAAUUUGGUGGUUUUAUCCCCCAAUCCAACCCCUUAAAGCUGAGUGUCAAGCAGGGAGGCAUUGGGUCCUGUUUUAUUUUUUUGUUGUUUUUAUUGUUUUUUUUCUUAGCUUUUUGCAUUUAAGGAAGAAUAUAACAGAUUAUAAAUAGUAUCAAACAACCGAGAAAAAAUAAAUAAAAGGCAGUGUGGUUCUUUUCCUUAUCAAAACACAGAGAGAAUGAGACAACUUUGUCCUUACAGCGUGGUGCUUAUUUGUACAGUACAGUAACCCCCAAAUUCCACUACCUCCGCUCCGCUCCGACACAAACGCCGGAGCAAAAUCGGUCCCGUUGUAGUCAAUCAGAGCAAUUCCACUACUGCGGCAGUGCAGCGCAGUGCUCCGCCCUCUGUUCCGGCGUCUGGCAAAAAUAGAAUCGCUCCUCUUUUUGCCGGACGCCGGAGCACCUCCGCAGUAAAUGGACAGAAAUCACAACCGCCCAACAGGAAAAGGAGCAAGCACAACUUCCGUUUUUCACAAUAAAUCGAUAAACAAAAGGCGUUUUUUGUUUCAUAUGCACAGGUUUAACAACUUUUAACAACUAUCAAUGGCGGCUAAAGUUUAAAUGCACAAAAGUAAGCCAUAAAUACAGUUUCCACUAUCAAAGUAGUCACACUUUGUUGAUCCAAACACUGCUGAUCUCUCAACACAAAUGAUGGGCAGAUUAAACAGUUCAUUUCGAUGCUUCUCCCACACAACGGGUGUUUGGAUCUAACUUCUGCGUUUAUUGCUCGGACUGUAUCGCAAGAUCUCGAAAAUCCCGCGCAUGCUUGUUUGCCCACCUCAGGUCUCCGCACCGGAGCGGAGCCGUUGUAGAGCGGGUACCAGUAAAAAUUGAGUUUGAAAGCGAGCGGCUGCGAAAGGCGGGGGCGGACCGGAGCGGAGGUAGUGGAAUUUGGGGGUAAUACAACACCAGUCUUUGGUACAGCGUUCAGCCACUUCAAAUGUGAGCCAAUUUUGUACACUUUGCUGACAUCAGUCUCGCAUAUUUUCAGGAGAUGGCCUUCACAUACACAUGAAUUGGAGCUAUUUUGGGAGUCAAUCUUUUCCCAGCGACCCUCUACAAAACAGGAACCAUCUGCUGCUCUUGACUUCCAGAUAAACAUUCAGAUAAAUGUUAGUCUUACUGGAAAUUAUACAAACUGGACUGAAAACAGGAUAUAGCUUGUCACGUACACAACACAGCUUCGGCUCCUACAAUCCUCCCCGUGGGGUUGACAACCCCCAAAAAACUAGCUAAUGAAGCAACUGAAGUAUAUCAUAUAUAUGAACCAGAUAUUUAUAUGUAGUAACUAUGUAACUGCAGGUCAACACUUGAUGAGUACAUAGUUAUGAAGUAAGUAUUAGCUGUAAGACACAACUUGGAAUGUGACGUCUCUAACCAACUCAUCAAUACAUCAAAAUGUACACACACACUGUAAGAAGGCGAAAACCUGUCCGCUGCUCUUAACAGGAAAAAAUCCUUCUUGACCUCCUGGCCCAAACAGGACAAUCACAUAAAGCACAGAGUGAGCAUACAAGUCUAGCCUAAGUAUAUGGCAGACAUUAGGCAACAUUGAAUCAACAAAAGAACACACAUGAGAAAAUGAACUGAUUAAACCUUUCAACAGAGAAUAAAAAUCAUGAGUAUAAUUGAGUAAGAUUACUCUUAGCAACAUUUCAACCAGUAACUGUAUGUGAAUAUGCGGUCAAAAAUGCUAAAUUAUUUGAAAUAAAUGAGUGACGUGGACACGACUAAACGACUGAGUGAUGUGUAUGUGGCUAAACCUACAGAAAACAUAACAGUGAGUGUGAUGAAUAUACUUGAUGUAACAACUAGUGGUGGGCAUAGAUUAAUUUUUUUAAUCUAGAUUAAACUCACUGUAAUCUUGGAAUUAAUCUAGAUUAAAAUGGCUCAUUCAAAUUCUGCCAAAGACAUAUGUGUGUGCUACCUAGAUAAUGAAUAAAAGCAAGUCUUUGAGAA